AUGGUUCAGAGGGUGGCAGUGAUCGGUGCAGGGCCAUCUGGUCUGACCAGCAUCAAAGCCUGUUUGGAUGAAGGUCUAGAGCCCAGCUGCUUUGAGAGCAGCCAUGAUAUUGGUGGUCUGUGGAGAUAUAAGGAGCAGCCAGAGCCUGGACGAGCCAACAUCUAUCAGUCGGUGGUCAUCAACAGCUCCAAAGAGAUGAUGUCUUUCAGUGACUUCCCUCCUCCAGCUGAGCUCCCCAACAACAUGCAUCACUCUGAGGUGCUGCUUUACCUGCGACUCUAUGCUCAGGCCUUCAAACUGCUGCAGCACAUUCACUUCCAGACUGCUGUGGUCAGUGUGAGGCAGAGCCCAGACUUUGCUGUGACAGGCCAGUGGGAGGUGCAGACAGAGACGAGAGAGGGUCAAAAUAAGACUCAUGUUUUUGAUGCAGUGAUGAUUUGCACCGGACACUUCACCCAGCCUCACCUGCCGCUCAAAGACUUCCCAGGUAUAGAGAACUUUGAAGGCAGGUAUUUCCACAGCUGGGAAUACCGCAACGCUGAGGGUCUGCAGGGGAAAAGAGUGGUGGUGAUUGGGAUUGGGAACUCUGGGGGUGAUAUUGCUGUGGAUAUCAGUCGAGUGGCUGAGAAGGUUUACCUCAGUACCAGGAGUGGAGCAUGGGUGUUCAGCCGUGUAGGACUGGGUGGGCUCCCAGUUGACCUUGUUGGGACUUCUCGGAUGGAUAUGAUGAUAGGGAGGCUUUUCCCCUCAUGGAUCAACAGCAUGUUGGAGAAGAAUCUAAAUCGAUCAUUUGACCACAGACUAUAUGGCCUGAAACCAAAACAUGGUUUUUUUACACAGAUCCCUGUUGUGAAUGAUGACCUGCCCGCUCGGAUCAUCUCAGGUCGUGUUCAGAUUAAAUCAAAUGUGAAGGAGUUCCGUGGUUCCACUGUGGUCUUUUUUGAUGGGAGCAUUAUAGACAAGGUGGAUGUAGUGAUGUUUGCCACAGGGUACAACUACAGCUUCCCCUUCCUGCCCUCAACUUUGCAGGCUAAAUGUGGUUACAGGCUACAUCUGUACAAACAUGUGUUCCCUCCUGGGCUGACCCAGCCUACACUGGCAGUGGUGGGCUUCAUCCAUGGGCUUGGAGCCAUUAACCCUCUGGCUGAAAUGCAAGCUCGCUGGGCCACUAGGGUUUUUAAAGGCUUAACAACCCUCCCCUCAGAGGAGACCAUGAGGAAGGAAAUUGAGAAAGACACAGCAACAAUGCAUCAGAGAUUUUCUUGCUCAGAGCGUAACCCCCUUCAGGUGGACUACAUUCCGUACCUGGACUCUUUGGCGGAGCAGGUGGGGGUUCGGCCAAACGUGCUGUGGCUUCUGCUGAGGGACCCUAGACUGGCACUAGAGGUUUUGCUGGGUCCGUGCACUCCAUAUCAGUACCGUCUGACUGGACCGGGCCAGUGGGCUGGAGCCCGUCAGGCCAUUCUCACUCAGUGGGAGCGGGUGCUUCUGCCUUUCAGGACCAGAGUGGAACCAGAACCAGAGAUCUCCAAACCCUCUUCAAAACUGUGUAUCAUCAUGGCCUUUUCAUGUGCAGCUCUGCUGUGCUGUUUCUUCUACAAUAAACAACAGCUGAAAAUCUGUUGACCUUUUUUUGUGGUCCAGAGAACUGGACUGGACUGUUAGAUGUUACAUUUUUUUACACUAAAACCAGCAGAUGGAGACAAAGCAAAAAACGGCUCAUUGAAGGAAUCAAAGAUCUGCUGAUACAUUAUAACAAAAGUUAUAACCAGUGAUUUUAUUAAUGGUUGAUCAAUCCGUAUCUAAUGUUUUAUCAAUCAAUAAGUGAUUAAUUACAGCUUUUGUGUUGCUGAGUUGUGAAAAUUAUAUUUGUAUCUGUCCUCUUCUACUUUAACUUGCUCACUUUUAAUCUGUCUUUCUACAUGGGAAGUUACUGUCUUUGCUCCCAGAAUGUAUUCCUACAAUCUGUUACUAAAGCCUGUACUGACCUGGAAAAAAGUUUAAGUGUGCUGCUCCCUCUGUUUGAAAUCAGUUGCAAAAUGAUCUGAAUCUUCAGGAUGUGGUCUGACUGGAUGCUUUAAAGUGUGUCUAAAUGACUUGGAGGCAGCCACGUCUGGCUUUAGAUGCUCUGAAUGAUUCAUGUCGCACCUGUU